AUGGAGGACAAGCAAGUCCUAGGUCAUGCCCAGCCACUCAAACCCGUCCAAGAUGGCAGGAGAUGUUCCUUCUUUAAUUCCCCCCACCCCCACCCCGAAUUACAGUUUGCAGAGAAGUUCCAGGAGGUGAAGGAAGCCGCCCGGCUGGCGAGGGAGAAAUCGCAAGAUAAGACGGAGCUCACCAGCCCUGCUCUGAGUUUGACUUCUCCGCAGAUCUACCCCAGCCCCAUCAUCAGUUCCAAUGGGCCCGGUGACGACAAACUCUUCCGGAGCCAAAGCGCAGACAUGGAGAUGACGACGGAAAGGGAGCGGAUCAAGAAGAUGCUCUCAGAAGGAUCAGUGUGCGAAGUCCAGUGGGAAGCCGAAUUUUUCACCCUGCAAGACAGCAACAGCAAGCUGGUGGCCGCCUUGCACGAAGCCAACGCCAAUGUGGAGCAGUGGAAGAAGCAGCUGGCGGCCUAUCAGGAGGAGACGGAGACCCUGCGGCUCCGGGUGGCAGAACUGGAAGCUCAGAGAGGCCACGGUCCCUCAGGUGAAACUAAGGAGGAGGUCAGUCCGGCUCUGGAAGAACUGGAACAGCUGGUGAAAGCCAAAGAUGAGGAACUUCAGCAGCUGAAGAGCCAGAAAGGGGGACGAUGGGAAGGCAACGAAGAGUGCGAGGAAACCUUUCAGAAGGUGCAGGACCUGGAAAGACAGAACAAGGACCUGGAGCACCGCUUGCAGCUGGCCGAGCAGACGCUCUCCGACACCCUGGCCGAGCGGGACAAGAUGUACCACGAGGUGUCCAAGGUGGCGGAGAUCAUGGACAUGAAGAUCUUCGAGCUGAGCGAGCUGCGCCAGGACUUGGCCAAGCUGGUCGAGAGCAACUGAGCCCCCGGGGGCAUGGGCAGGG